AUGCCGUUUUCUUUUGACAGUUCCAUCGAUUUUUACGAAAAGCCUUCAAAAUAAUUCUCACAUGUUAGUGAAAUAAAUUUGAUUUUCUAACUAAACUCAUAAAUUACUAACAUGUCCGAUGUCCCAGAUCUGAGCAGUGAUGAAGAAAAUUUCGAUGAUGAUGAUUGGCAAGAAAUGGAAACAUCUAAUACUACGGUAACAUGUUUAUUUUGUACCAAUUUUUUUACGUCCAUAGAAGAAGGCUUAAGCCAUUGCGAAACUGAACAUAACUUUGCUUUGAAUAAAUUAAAAUUAAAAUUCAACAUGGAUUGUUAUUCAUACAUCAAAUUAAUAAACUACAUAAAGUCACAUAAGCCUAAUCCCGAUUUCAUCGUGAACGCAACAAUGCCUCUUUGGGACGACGAAAAGUAUUUAAAACCAGUGGAAAAUGAUGAUUGGUUAAUGUUCGACUUUGAAUCUCUAUCUGAUAAGUGUAAUUCUCCAAAAACAUACCACGCUAAUGUCGAGAAUGGUUUAGUAACAUUGUCUCAGACUCACUUCAUUGAACUUCAAAAGACUAUUCAAACAUUGACAGGCCAGCUUAAAGAAAAUCAAGCUCACCUACAGAUGGCUAAAGAAGAUAUAAAUAAGAUGCAGGAAUCUAUGAAAACUCUUGUUGAUGGUGGAAUCACAAACACUAAUGGUGAGGGCAAAAAUAUUGUCAACUGUGUGUCUAAAUUACCUUUAGAAGAUGAUGAGGGAUAUUUCAGUACAUAUGCUCAUUUUGGCAUACAUUAUGAAAUGUUAUCAGAUAAAGUGCGAACCGAGAGUUAUAGAGAUGCUAUUUUAAAUAACAAAGAAAUUAUUAAAAAUAAAGUUGUACUGGAUCUCGGUUGUGGCACAGGGAUCUUAUCUAUGUUAUGUGCAACAGCUGGUGCCCGAAAAGUAUAUGCCUUGGACCAAUCUCAAAUAAUAUACCAUGCAAUUGAUAUUAUCAGAGAAAAUAAUUUGCAACAUAUUAUUAAAACUGUGAAAGGUCGAGUAGAAAAUACGAAACUGGAUGAAAAAGUUGAUAUUAUUGUUUCUGAAUGGAUGGGAUACUUUUUGUUGUUUGAAGGUAUGUUGGAUAGUGUUAUUUAUGCUAGGGAUAAUUAUUUGAAGCCUGGAGGAUUGCUCUUGCCGAAUAAAUGCAAUAUCAGUUUAGUUGCAAAUGGCGAUAUUGAAACUCACACGAAACUCAUUGACUACUGGUCAGAUGUGUAUGGAUACAAAAUGAAUUGUAUGAAGUCGGAAGUGGUUAGAGAAGCUAACAUUGACAUAGUUGGAUCUAAACACAUAAUAUCUGAGCCAUGUAUUGUUAAAGAAAUAGACAUUAACACUUGUACCACUGAUGUAAUGGAUUUUUCAUCUGAAUUUAAGCUGACAAUAUCUAGAACUGGCACAUUCACCUCACUUGUUGGUUAUUUUGAUACUUUCUUUGAUUUACCUAAUCCUGUUUCAUUUUCAACUGGCCCUGACAAAACUCCAACACAUUGGAAGCAAACUGUGUUUUAUUUUAAAGAUUGUAGGGAUGUAAAUCAGGGUGAUAUAAUUCAAGGCACUAUUAUAUGUAGCAGGCAAAAAACUGAUGUUAGAGCUUUGUCUGUACAAAUAAAUAUUUUUGGAAAGACACACAAGUAUAUACUGAGCUAAUUAGUAAGUAUGAUAGUGUAAAUAUAAUAUACUAGUUAUAUAUAGAAUAAUAGUUUUAUUAUUCUUUCUAACAUUUUGCUAUAAUAUACUUGUAUAGUGUCUAUAUAAUUGAAAUAUGUGUUUGUAAAUGCUCCUUACAGAUUCAUUGUAAUGUAAAACUGUGUUUACAAUUUUUGUAAUAUUGAAAACCAAUCAAUAA